CCGAAGCUAAAGCGCUUUUCUUCAGCUCCCGCGGGACCCCUGACUCAUGCCCACUAUAAAAACCUUUGAAAAUCCCAAAAAAAUCCCUAAUUUCGAAGUCGUUAACUCCUUAUUAUUUGGAAUUUCAAAAUUUUUGCGCGCACAUACAAAAACCCUAAGCUAGAUUGCACGUUUCCCGGGCUGGCUGACUCUCCGAUCGUCGUCGUUCUACGAUGAUGAGCAGAAAAACCAGCAGCAGCUGCGCUAUAUGUGAGUGUUCCAAUAACGCUUCUAUUUGCGCCGUUUGUGUCAAUUUCAGAUUAAAUGAGUACCGCAGUUUUUUAAAAUCAUUGAAGAGUCGCCGGGAUUUCUUGUAUGCCAGAUUGAGUGAAGUGCUUGUAGCAAAGGGGAAGGCAGACGAUCAAACGAAUUGGAGAGUGCUUCACAAUGAUAAGCUUGUAAAGUUGAAGGAGAAGCUCCGUCGUAAUAAGCAACAAUUUGUGCAAGGGAAGGCUAAGAUUGAGAGGGUGUCCUAUGAUUUAACAGUAAAAUAUGGGAUGCUUGAAUCAGCCAGUUCUACGCUGAAAAAGUAUCGUGCGGAACAACUGGAAAAGUUCUAUCCUAACCUAAUUUCCACUCAGACCUUAGGGCAUAUGGCAAUCACCGCUGAACGUCUUCAUAAACAGCCUGUGGUCAUAAAACAAAUAUGCAAAUUGUUCCCCCUACGUCGGGUGAUCAUAGAUGGCGAAAGAAAAGAUGGGUCUACUGGUCAAUACGAUAAAAUCUGCAAUGCACGCUUACCAAGAGGACUUGAUCCUCACUCUGUUCCAUCGGAAGAGCUUGCUGCAUCUUUGGGCUACAUGGUGCAACUUCUGAAUCUUGUUGCUCAGAACUUGGCUGCCCCAGUGCUUCAUAACUCUGGUUUUGCGGGUUCUUGUUCUCGAAUAUGGCAACGAGAUUCUUAUUGGGAUACACGUCCGUCUUCUAGAAGCUACGAAUAUCCCCUUUUUAUACCACGCCAAAAUUAUUGCUCCAGUAGUGGGGAAAAUUCGUGGUCUGACAGAAGCUCAAAUAAUUUUGGUGUUGCUUCAAUGGAAUCUGAGAGGAAGCCACGCCUGGAUUCUUCUGGUAGUAGUAGCUUUAAUUAUUCUUCUGCUUCUCUACAUUCGGUUGAAACACACAAGGACUUACAGAAAGGGAUUUCACUUCUCAAGAAAAGUGUGGCAUGCUUGACAGCAUCCUGUUUUAACUCGUUAUGUUUGGAUGUCCCUUCUGAGGCAUCUACUUUUGAAGCAUUUGCAAAGUUAUUGGCCAAACUAUCUUCAACCAAGGAAGUUCGAUCUGUUUUCUCUGGCAAAAUGGCUUGUUCAAGGUCUUGUAAACAAGUUGAACAAUUGAACAAAUCUGUAUGGAAUGUGAAUUCUGCCAUUUCCUCAACCACUCUAUUGGAAAGUGCUCAUACACUGCCUACCAUGAAAAACAUUUCUGAAAACUUUUCAAAUUUUGCUGCCAGUUUUCCUUAUGCCACUCAGUUGUUUGAUGUUGGAAAGAAUGAAUGCCUCAUUGAAGAAUGGGAUAUUGUGGAGCAUCCCACUUUUCCUCCUCCUCCAUCACAAACUGAGGAUGUUGAGCAUUGGACUCGAGCCAUGUUCAUUGAUGCUACAAAGAAAUGAUCUGGUCCUAUAACAGUCUUCUACUUUUUUUGAUAGGUUGAUGGAAGAAGAUGCUCAACAAGAGAUGAAGAUGGCAUGGAAAACUUCUGUAACUCGUGUAAAUAGAGAGAUUCUCAAAAAAAUUGUGCAUAUAAUUGUAAGGAAGAAAUCUGAAGGGUAGACUUAUUGAUAUGUGUUCAUUUAGUUUUAUCCAAUUAAAUUAUAUAAAGAUGGUAAGGUUUACCCUUUCCUACAAUGAAAUUGAUUCGUUAA